ACACAGCUUUAGAUUUUAUCAUAACCUGACAUCACUAGCAUGGAUACAAGUAGAGUUCCUCCACCAGUGGUCACAAAUGGGGCCCCAUCACCUAUAGAGCUGAAUGAUGGAAUGAAUAGAGUUCCUGCACCUGUAGGAUUCAACAGAGGUCCUCCACCAAUGGGUCAAGGGCCCCUGCCCAUGUAUUUUAACAAAGGACCACCACCGAUGGAAAUGGCUGGACCACAACCAUACAUAGGAUUUAACAGGGGGCCUCCUGCACCACUCAGCAGGGGACCACCACCUUUUGGUUUGAAUAGAGAACCACCACCUUUAGGGUUUAGCACUCCACCUCCACCAAGAGGAGCACCACCCCCCCUAGGAACACAGAUGCCAUUAGGAUCCUCACCACAAUUAGAACAUAGUAAUGUUCAGUUUGACAGCUUCAGCAACAUUCCACAAGACCAUGAGCAGCUGCCAGUACAUCUACAAUCAACUGAUGAUGGAAAUGGCAGUACACAGAGUAGUCAUCUGCCACCUCAUCUCCAUCAUAACCCACCAAAGAGAACAUUCCAAGGAGAACAUUUCACUGUAAAUGACUUCAUCCAGCCUCCACCAUCCUCCUCUGUGCAUCCACCUAUUCCUAGUACAUACCAAGGUCAUGCAAGUAUCUCUAGCCAGCAGUAUUACAGUAAAUGUCACAACACCUCUUGGCAUGGUGGCCCAUCACCCAGUUCUAGUAACACAGAAUCAUCUACUUAUCAAACCAUUUUUGAAGAAGAAACUGAUGGGUUAGAUGAAGACCAGAAGUGGAUAAACAACUUUGAGCAAAGAAUCUUGCAAAGAUGCCAAGUACAGCCAGCCAAGAAGAACCUACCAACCAAUUCUGUUAAGCUCUCAGAUGUACAGGAGAUGAUCAAGAAAUUCAGGACUUUAACUCAAAGAUUAGAGGAACUUCGAGAUGAGAUGAGACAGAGCUGUGACAUAGCAGACGAUCAUAUGUGGAAUAAUUUAGUUCUGGAAGCUGAGGAUAUUAAGGAAAAGUUGCUCAAAAUAGAAAGCCAUUUCCUAGAUAAGGAAUUCAUCAGCUCAGUGAGGCAGUUGAUAAGCCGCAGAAGAAACAAAAGAAAAAAGAUCAAGAAACAAAAGGAGAGGAUGAAACGUGACAAAGAAGAAUUGAAACUGGCAUGGCAGAGAGAAGAGGAAAAGAUUGAUAUUUGGAGGGAGAAACUUGAGGAACAAGAAAAAGAAAAAAGAAGGGAAAAAGCUGUUGAAUUAGAAGCAGAUAGUAUAUUAGGAGAGGUCCGGCAGAAGCAGACAGAGGCCUCUCGCAUGCAACAAUUGUUAGAAUCCCUGACAACCCUGCGGCAGGCAAGGAUUAAUAAAGGUGCUUCUCAUGGUUAUAUGUCAGCUCCAAUAGAUGAUCUUCAUUUUUCUUCUACCAAAAAAGGCAUCAGUGAAGUGGUAGCAACUCAGGUUAAGGAAUACCAGCUAGAGGAACAAACGCUUCGAGUGAUGAUGGGUGAAAGUGCAGCCCAGAAACCUUCUGACGGGAAUGAGGUAAAUGCUGUUGUUAGUAAAAGAGAGGCAGCAAUGAGGAAGCUGCUUUUUGGUGACUUUACUCCAAUCAACACUGAUACAAUGAAGGAGUUUACUGCUGCGGACAACAAUUGGGAAAUACUUUUGCAAAGAAGGUUUGAAUGGGACCGGUACUGUACAGAGGACAACACGCCCCUUGCCUCGUCCAUUCCCAUUAAUUGGGUGAUUCCUCCAAUGCACCCAUCAAAGGACUGGGCACAAUAUCAGAACAAAGUUACUCUGUGUUAGAGCUGUGACGAAUGACUCAAGUUGUAGUUCCUGAUGUUUGAUACAUUUCAUUCAUCAUUAUUAUUUUGGAAAUUUGAGAUUAAUUACAUUCUUUGUACUUUUCCAUGUGAAAUGGAGUGGCUCUCUUCAGAUAUGUACUCAUGAAAAGUGUGGUUUAAUCUUGUGAAAUAAACUAAUUGAUUGUCCCCAUA